AUCUUUGACAUCUGACGUAGUUUUGGGGAAAGGAGGAAGAAACGACCAGUGUUUUGAAAGGUGGUUCAGUCUGGAGAAGGGAAGCAGGAACAAAGCUGCCCAAGAAGGUCUAAUGUCACCUGUUACCAGGAUACAAAACAUCAUUGUCUUCAUAUGAUGAUCACGACCAGCUGAAGCGCCAGGUUGGGCUCAGAGAGAGUAGUGGACUCCAGUGAUCAUCCACAGUAAACAUGAUGGACCCUGAAGUGUCUCUUCUGCUGGACUGUGCACACUGGAGCGGGCUGCUGGAGCACCAAGUACAGGUGGAGCUUUCAGACAGAUUCAACAGGCAGACAGAUCCUCUUCUUGAGCAGCACAUAAACCGGGUUUGGACCGAACGGCUUUCCAAGGAGCCGUGGCUUUUUAACGGAGCCAAAUUCAGGCUGCAUUCCUUCUGCUUGGCCUCUCCAGAGAAACUCGGCUGCUUUCAGUCUGACUGUGGAGAGCAGCAGGGCGGUGAAACAGGUCAGGACAGAGGGGACGUUAACGUUAUUAACGGUUGUAUACGUCAAACAGAAGAUGGUGGAGGAGUCAGUCAGGUGAUAUCACAGCCAAAACAUCACCCUGGUUCUGUUCUCACGCUGAGGCUGGGCCUCACCUGCUACAAGGACUACCUGGGAACAAACUGGUCUGGUGAAGUGGCAGAGCUCCGCCGCCGUGGGCAGGAGGAGUUUGGCGACCCUCUGGCCCUGCUGGCGCAGCCCCUGGGCGUUGGCGCCGUGUUGUGCACAUGUGAUGGUCAGGUGGUGUUCAUCAGGAGGAGCCAGAAGGUGGCCGAGGCUGGAGGGCUGCUGGACAUUCCCGGCGGCCACCCGGAGCCAAAGGCAGUGUGUGAGCGUCUGGGCGAGGCGGCGGGUGAAGAGCAGAUCAGUCUGGUCAUGAUGCAGCAGAGGCCGGACGCCGUCGUCUCGGAGCUGUUCUCCUCCAUCUGCGCUGAAAUCAGGGACGAGGUAAAUAUUCCUUUGAGCAGCCUCGGUGCUCCUGUCAUGAUGGGCAUCGCUCUCAACCACACCAGCGCCGGACGCCCGAGCUCAGAGUUUUACAUCAGCUGCUCUCUGUCUUCUGAUGAAGUCAGGACAUUGUACUGGAAAGGAGGAGCAGAGGCCAACGAGUCCACAGACGUCGUCUUCCUCAGCACAACGGAGGUGAUGCAGCUGAACAGAAGCAGCCCUCUGUGGUCGGAGAUGUGUCCCUCCGCCAAAGGAGCCAUGCUGCUUUAUCAGAUGGUGAAACCAGGAGAGCCAAGCAAACCAAACCGAGAGGAAAGAUGAGCACAAAGUUACCAGUUAAAUUUAUUCACUUCAAGCACUCAGAGACUAGCAGUGAUGUCAAAACUCUGUACUUUGUAAAAUAACAUGGUUAAAAUAUUUUCAAUAAAAAUCUUUUACAAAGUUUUUGACUUUGAAAACUAA